AUGGCCGACACUGCCCAGGUUCCCGUCAACGGCACCUUCCCGGCGCAACACGUCUACCCGGACUCCUACAGCCACGUCCCCGCCCCCAUGAACAGUGCGGCGAAUUUCCAGCCGGCGCCCUCCUCCACCCCGAGCAAUGCGCCCGUCCCCGACCAGAAGAACAGCAUCUCCAAGGAUGAGGUUGGCUGGUACUUUGUCGAGCAGUACUACACCAACAUGAGCCGCAGCCCGGAAAAGCUGCACCUCUUCUAUUCGCGCCGCUCGCAGUUGGUCUUUGGCACCGAGGCCGAGUCCGUUCCCGUCGCCGUCGGUCAAAAGGCCAUCAACGAUAAGAUCAAGCAGCUGGACUUCCAAGAAUGCAAGGUCCGUGUCCUCAACGUGGACUCCCAGGCCUCGUUCGACAACAUCUUGGUCUCGGUCAUCGGUGAGAUCUCCAACAAGUCCGAGCCCUCCCGCAAGUUCGUCCAGACCUUCGUGCUGGCCGAACAGCCCAAUGGCUACUACGUGCUCAAUGACAUCUUCCGGUACCUGGUGGAGGAGGAGGAAGAGGUCGUGAACGAGGAGUCGGCCCCCGCCCCGGCCGCGGCCCCUGCGGCCCCUGCCGAGAAGCCCGCCGUCGAAGCUGUGGCCCCGGCCGCCGAGGAGGCCGCCCCGGCCGCGGUGGAUGACGCCCCCGCCAGCGAGGAAGCGGUCGCCGCGGUCCAGGCUGAGGAGAAGGUUGAGAAGCCCGAGGAGAAUGGCGCCGAAGUGCAACCGGAGGCACCGGCCCCUCAGACCAACGGAGCUCAGGUUGAGGCGGCUACGGAGGUUGCCAAACCGACCGAGCCCGAAGUGGUCCAGCCCGAGAAGCCCGCCACCCCCGAGCCCACCCCCGAGCCCACCCAGGCGCCGGUGCAGGAGGCGCCCGCACCCGCCAAGGAGAAUGUGCCCCCCGCCCGCGCGGUUCCCAAGACGUGGGCCAACAUCGCGUCCAAGAUUACCGGUGCGGCGGCUCCCGUCGUGCCGGCCGUCCCCGCCGCGCCCGCCGCGCCCGCUAAGCCUGCUGCUGCUGCUGCUGCUACUGCUGCCCCUGCUGCCGCUGCCGCUCCUACCGCUCCUGCCAGUGGCUCUGCGCCCGCCCCGGCGGCCGCCCCCGCCGCGGCUCCGGAGAGCACCCCGGCCCAGCCGUCGACUGAUAGCGCGGGGUGGCAGACGGCCGGCCACGAACACAAAAAGACCCAGUCCCGUGCGGGUGAGGAACAGGGGGUCCAGGCGUACGUGAAGAACGUGACCGACAAGGUGGACGCGUCUUUGCUGCGUCAGGCCCUUUCCCGCUUUGGCAAGCUCAACCACUUUGAUGUGAGCCGCACCAAGAACUGUGCGUUUGUCGAGUUUGCGGACGCCGCUGCCUACGCGGCGGCCACCGCGGCCAACCCCCACCAGAUCGGCACGGAGAAGAUCUACGUGGAGGAGCGGCGCCCGCGUGCUAGCGCCUACGGUAAUGCCAACUACGGCGCGGGACGCGGUGGUGCUGGACGCGGCCGUGGUGACCGUGCCGGCAGCCAGGGUCGGGGUGGUUUCCAGCGGGAUGGCCGUGGCGGGUUUGCUCCUCGCGGCCGGGGCGGCCACGCGCACGCUAAGAGCCGCAACCAGUCCCAGGGAGCUUAA